AGUGGCCAACACAAGGAAAAAAAUCUAUAGUCAGGUGACGAAUUCUUGUGACAGUUCUUGUUUCAAGAAAAAUUUCGCUUUAAAUUCGCCAAAAAAUACACAAUAAUGGCUCUCCAGGCUGCAGUCAAGGGAAAAUUAAUCAGUGUUAUAGGAGAUGAAGACACUUGUGUCGGAUUCCUCCUCGGAGGGAUCGGAGAAAUCAAUAAGAACAGACACCCAAAUUUCAUGGUUGUGGACAAAAACACACCAGUAAGUGAAAUUGAGGAUUGUUUCAAGAGAUUCGUCAAACGUGAUGACAUCGACAUCAUCCUGAUCAAUCAAAAUGUUGCUGAACUGAUCCGGCAUGUGAUUGACUCACACACAGCUCCUGUACCAUCAGUAUUAGAAAUCCCGUCAAAGGAUCAUCCGUAUGAUGCUUCUAAGGAUUCCAUUUUACGUCGUGCUAAGGGCAUGUUCAACCCAGAUGACUUGUCCAUGUUUGGUGCAGAUAACUACGCAACAUAGAUAAUUUUUAAAACCAAUUAUAUCACGUACUUAUCUAAUUUAUAAUAUGUAUAUUAGAUGCUUUUUUAAUAAAACAAAUAAAAUAUA